AUGCCUGAACAAAUCCUUGCGGGAAAGACAUGCCUCAUCACUGGCGGUGGCGGUGGCCUAGGCAAAGCAAUUGCAACCCAAUUCCUAGAAGCCGGCGCCAGCGUCGUAAUCUGCGAUGUCAACGAGGAACGUUUGCAGAAGACCUCGGCCGAACUGUCAUCCAAGGGGCCUCUCAAGGCUAUUAAGACCGAUAUCACCAAGGUCAACGAAGUGGAGAGCCUGUUUGAAACGCUGAUUGACGAAUUCGGCAAAAUCGAUGUCCUCGUCAACAACGCCGGCAUCAUGGACCACUUCGACCCAAUCGGCGAUCUGGACAUGGAGCUUUGGGAUCGCGUCAUGGCGAUCAAUCUCACUGCCCCGGCUCUGCUGAGUAAAUUGGCUGUUCGCAACAUGCUGGCGCAGCCGAAGCCUGAUGGGCGCAUUAUUAAUAUUGUUUCCGUUGCCGGAAAGGCUGGAUGGGCUAGUGGUGCUGCCUAUACGGCCAGCAAGCACGGUCUAGUCGGAUUAACUAAGAACACUGCUGCGUACUAUGGCAACAAGGGCAUCAAGUGCAACGCUUUGAUGAUGGGUGGCAUGGAAACCAACAUUGCUGAUGCAUUUAGCGCCGGGAUGCAUAUGGAGGGUUAUGAGAAGAUGGUAAAUGUCCUCAAUGCGAUUCAAGCUCCCCACGUCGAUGUGAAUGAGGUUGCUGGAUUCUGUGUGAACAUGACAUAUGGAAAGGGCGCCGGUCAGAUCAACGGCGCGACUAUCGCUAUCGAUAAUGGCUGGACUUCUGUCGUUGGGUAG